AUAAGAGCGAUAAUACACUUCUAGGCUAAGGGAAACCGAGCCCUCAUUCCUAGUGUUUCAUGUGAACAGAGAAAGUGGUGGUGGCUCUCUCUGCCCUCACCGUUACCAUGGCUGCUCGCUUCUUCCUGGUCGCGUUAUUUCUCCACUUCGUGGCCCAUGUUCCUUCGGCGUCGAGUUGCGGGACGCCCCAGGACACGGCGGCCUCCACCGUCGGCCCGACAGGGUGCUCGGAGCCCCACAUCAGAGUCGGCGGCAAGUGCUACGCCUUCGUGCUGGACUUCGCCCGCACGUGGGCCGAGAGCAGGGACUACUGUCAGAGCAUCGGGGGAGAUCUCGCCAUAGUGCAGUCGUGCGAUGAGUUCACCACGCUGGUUCGGAACAUUCAUAUGCUCGGACAAGAAGUGCCAGAUCGCUUCUCCUACUGGCUCGGCGGGACAGAUCUGGGUGACGAAGGUGCCUGGACGUGGAUUGAUGGCACUCCGAUGGCCAUGGGGGUGCCAUACUGGGGACAGGCUGGUGAAACGUUCGAACCAAAUGGAGGGAAUGUACAGAAUUGCGCCCAAAUCUACAAGGAUGACCGAUACUUCAUACACGACGGGGAGUGUGACAAGCACGGUUACCCCCUUUGCCAAGAAGGUCUGGCGGCGCGUCUCGACAACCAAGGACGGCUGAUCGGCGAGAGAGAUUAAAAAGCUUCGUCCAAAGGCACAGCAUUUAGGAUACUGAUAUGCCGGUCAAGCGUGCAAAAAUUAUUGUUCCAGCUUGUUCAUUGUAAAAAAAUCGAGGUCGUGUCAGCAUCUAUGAAUGGUAGAAUGUGCUUAUUUUUUAUUUAUUUAUUUAUUUACUUUUAUCGGUUUCAUAUUCUCCGCACAACAUGCAAAUUAUCAUAUGAGGCAUUAAAAUUAUAUAUGAUUAC